AUGGGCCGCGCCGUCGACAAUGACCAACUGCAGCCCCUGAUCGACAACGAUCUGCCCGACGGAAACGACACGUUCUCCCCGGCGGCCAUCGUCUAUCAAGGGGAUGCGGCAGUGAUUGAGGCCGAGGAGAAGCGGCUCACCUUUUGGCAGGCAAAAGUCGCACUGGCGCAGGCGUUCUUCGCGGGUCUCGCCGACUUCUUCAUCAUCUUCGGUGGAGCCAUCCCCUACGUCUUUCAGUACGUCGAAAUCUACCACCGGAAGAAUGCGCAGGGCUUCUCGCUGUUCGUGUGCCUCGUCCUCUGCGUCGCCAACAUCCUCAGGAUACUGUUUUGGGUGGGCAAGCGAUUCGAGUGGCAGCUGUUGGCGCAAUCGGUGGUGAUGUUCACGGCGAUGAUCAUCAUGUUGGAGAUAUCGACACGGAUGAAUAGGAAGCACACGCCCAAGGCCCUCCGCAAGAGUGUCAUCGUUGGCCCGUCUUCU